AUGGCGUCUGCCGGGCGCUACCGGGCUCUGCGCAGGGCGGAGCUGAGGCUGGAGUAUCUCCACGCCAACUCCACCACUCACGACUUUCUCUUUGGAGCGAUUGCUGAACUGAUUGACAAUGCCCGAGAUGCAGGAGCCACCAGACUUGACAUAUUUACUGUGGGUAAUGACAAGCUCCGAGGGGGAUUUAUGUUGUGCUUUUUGGAUGAUGGAUGCGGCAUGACCCCUAAGGAAGCUACUGAUCUGAUUUAUUUUGGAAGGUCUUCUAAGCGGACAUCUCUCUCAAGAAUGAUUGGACGCUAUGGCAAUGGACUUAAAUCUGGAUCUAUGCGAAUAGGGAAAGACUUCAUAUUAUUCACAAAGAAAGAAGAUACAAUGACAUGUGUUCUCUUCUCUCAAACAUUCUGUGAGACAGAAGGCCUUAAUGAGAUGAUAGUCCCAAUAGCCUCAUGGUCGUCAAGUACUAGAAAACCUGUCAUAGAUGAUCUUGAGAAAUUCACUGUACAGAUGUCUAUCAUCUUUAAAUACUCCCCUUUCACGAGUGAAACUGAAUUGCUGCAGCAAUUUGACACGAUCUAUGGGAGAAGUGGCACUUUCAUUGUUGUUUACAAUGUAAAGCUUAUGCUCAGUGGAGAGCCAGAGCUAGAUAUUAGAACUGACAGUGUGGAUAUUCAGAUUGCUGGUCUUCUUGAUAACCUUCCAGAACGAUGGUCACUCAGAGCCUAUACAGCUAUAUUGUAUUUUGACCCACAUAUGAGGAUAUUCAUUCAAGCUGAGAAAGUAGAAACUAAGCACUUGCCUUACUGCUUUUACAGACCCAGAAUGUACCCAUACAUCACGUCAUCGUUUAAAGGCACUGCAAUGAAAGAAAUAAAGAAGGCAGAAGUGGAUAUGAAGAUUGCUGAACAAGCUGUAGAAGAAGCUAAGUGCCAAUUAAAGCAUUUAGAAGAAUCUCUUCUGCAUGAGGUCAAUGAGAGUGUCACUGAAAUCAGUGUUCGUUCUGUUUUGACUGGUCAGAACCACCAAUAG